AUGAGGAAAUUUAUAUGGGACAACCGAAGGAAUGUUAUUGGUGAAACUAAAAAUAUUCUUAGAAGCCAUUUUGACAUGAAAGAUCUUGGUGAGGGAAAUUUUAUUCUUGGAAUAAAAAUUACUAAAACAUGUGAUGGAAUUUUCCUUGACCAGUCACAUUAUGUUGAGAAAAUUUUGAAAAAAUAUAACUUUCUUGAUUGCAAGCAUGUUGUAACUCCUUUUGAUUCAAGUGUUCACUUGUUUCCUGUACAAAGUGAAAAUGAUGUGAUAAAUCAAAAUGAAUAUGCUAGCUUAAUUGGAAGUUUGAGAUAUGUAACUGAUUGCACUCGACUUGAUAUUGCGUGUGCAGUUGGAAUUGAAACACUUUCUCUGGUGAUUCCUGUUCUACCACUGGCUAUAUUUUUACUUUGGGAGGUGAUGCUAUUUGUUGGAAAUCAAAAAAGCAAACUAUAA